AUGUCAACUACAACAACGCUUCCUCGCCCGCCGCGGCCAUCCCUCGCUCCACCUACAAGUCCUCUCCCAUCCCUACCAGUCGCGAAGUCUCGAGUCUCGAGCGUCAGUCCGUCACUUCGAACGUCUUCGGGCUCUUUGCUCCCAUCCCCCACGGUCGCAAGUCGCGCGGUCUCGUCGUCUGGUCUGCCCCAGCGGCCCGUCAAGGGCCACACAAACUCAACAUCCAAUGUACCCACACUGACUGCUUCUGAUUCACCUGCCGGGCCAUUACCGCCAGGUAAAUCACUUCGUAAGGCAGUCAGUAUUGGUGCAUUCCCACAACCACCCAAGUACGGGGGCAGAUCUCCAAGUCACCCACCGAGUCCGCUCUCGGCUAGCUCCACGCCCAACGGGGAGACGCUCGACCAGAGACUAUCCGCAACACCCAAGGCAGGGCCAUCGAGACAAGGCAGCGUGAAGCGGAUCGCGCCCCGGGUGUCGAACAUAGGAGGAGGGCGUGGUCUGCUGGCGAAGUCACCACUAACGCCCCCAAGCUUGCUGAACGGAUCUGGAGAGUCAGUAUCAGUGGUCAACACCAACCAUCUUAGCCUGCCCUCACCACCACAAAGCAGGAACUCUUCCGCCCAAGGCUCCUACGCCACCAGCGCGACCACAUUCGAAGACAUCGGCGACGAGCGAGCGGAGGCGAGUGGCGCAGACAAGAACAACCCACAAAAGGACGGCAAAGGCAAUGUCCUCGUCAGUGUGCGUGUGCGGCCAGACUUUGGCGCAAAGGACCGGCAGCAAGAGUUAGAAUGGGAAGUCAGUGGAAAGCGGUCACUGAUCGCCUAUAAGGGCAAGGAGGGCGGAGAUUACAUCUAUGAUAAUGUAUUUGACACUCAAGACAACAACGCCAGGGUCUAUGAUGCGGCUGCCAAGCGACUGGUUCGACGGGUCAUGGAGGGUUACCAUGGAACUGUCUUCGCGUACGGUAUGACCGGAACGGGUAAGACAUUUUCUAUGCAAGGUACAGCGACGAACCCUGGAGUUAUCCCACUCGCCAUUACCGACAUAUUCUCGUACAUCCGAGAAACACCGCACCGAGAGUUUCUUCUGAGAGUCAGCUACUUGGAGAUUUACAAUGAGAGAAUUCACGACUUGUUGGCUGGUCCAAUCGCAAAUGCAACCGGACCCGCUGCACCCCAGGAGGAAAUCAAGUUGAGGGAAGAUAGCAAGAGAGGUGUUUAUGCAACGCCCCUGAAAGAAGAGAUUGUUCAGAGUCCUACGCAGCUUCUAAGGGUGAUUGCGCGAGGUGACAAUGCACGAAAAGUGGCUGGAACCCAGUUCAACGCCCGAAGUUCUCGAAGUCACGCAGUGGUUCAGAUUGUGGUGGAAAGUAGAGAGCGCGGUGCUAGCGGAGUUGCGAAUCUGAAAGAUUCCAAGCGGUCGGCUAUCUCUCCGGGUGGUGUCAGGGUUUCAACAUUGAGUUUGAUCGAUCUGGCUGGUUCUGAGAAGGCGGCGGACAAUGCGGAAAGGCGUACCGAGGGAUCUCACAUCAACAAGAGUCUGCUGACGCUUGGAACUGUGAUUGCUCGGUUAUCAAGCGAAGACAAGGAGAAGGACAAGGGAGGGAAGGGAAAGCACUUGCCGUACCGUGACAGCAAACUCACCCGCCUAUUGCAACCUGCUCUAUCCGGAAACUCUCUCGUCAGUAUUCUAUGUACGAUCCAGAUUGGAGCCAGUGGUAGCAGCGCGGCAUCAAACAGCCACACGGGCGAGACCAUCAACACGCUCAAGUUUGCUUCACGCGCAAAGAAUAAUAUCGUUAGCCACGCCAAGAAAGCAGAUGAUAGUAUAGGAGCCGGCGGAGACGCUGGCAGCCGAGCUCUGCUAGAUCGCUACCGUAUUGAGAUUCAAGAGUUACGCAAGCAACUUGAGGAGCAGAACAAGGCAAAAGAAACCCGAGAGGAGGAGAAGGAGAAAGAAAAGGAUGAGGAGGAAGAAAGGGCCCGAGAGCUGGAGGGCAAACACCGACAUGAGGAACAGAUGCUGGAAAUGCAACUUGCCCGGACAGCCCUCAAGGAACGAAUCGAACAUCUGAACCGGCUGAUUCUGAGUUCGAAAUCCCUGGGUGUCAACAACGGUCGGUCGUUCUCGUCUAUGAGCCUUCAGCGAGGGUCAGUCAUGAGCAAUGGUGGAGAUUUUAGGCCACUAUCUGCGCGGUCAUCCGCCAGCCACCAUACGCUCGAGGUCCCAGGUCACCACGGGUCUCAGGUCAUAUUCCCUUCUGUUCCACUUGGGAUUGAAGGCUCUGAGGAGGACGAUUCCGUUGGUGAGAAUGGAGAUGGCAUGGCUAGCCAAGCUGCCCAGAUACAGUCGCUUCAAUCCGACUUGGCCGACAAGAACCGCUACAUCAGCACGCUGGAGAAGCGUUUACUACAAGCCCGACGUUCGAGUCACUCUCGUGUGUCCAUGAGCUUACACAAGAUGACGGGAAGCAGUGAAGAUGGCGGAGCAGUCGCUGCCCUUGCCGAGAAGGACGCCGAGAUUCUGAGUCUACGAGCUCAGCUCGAGGAUAAGGAGAAAAUGAUUUCAGCCCUCACUUCGUCCAAGAAAAAGAAUGAAAACGCGCACGAGGUCGGUAGCGAUGGAUCUCCGAACAGCCGACGGACGUCUCGCCAGCGAAGCGAAGCUGGUAGCGUUGCUGGAUCGAGCGUGAAACUGAAAGGUUCACCGGUCACGACCACCCCUCGCGAGAGGAUCGGCCACCACAGCGUAAAGUCAGACAGGGAGAUGACGGACGUGACGAGAAUGCUGGACGAGAUGAUCUCAGAACGAGUAGACGCCACAGGCGGCGGACGGCGACGCAGCAGCCUCCGGCCCGUGACUGAGGGUCAACGGUGA